AUGGCGCGCAUGCUCAUCGUUCUGGGCAUGACCAUCGUCGUCUCGACUGCCCUGGCGCAGCUCUUCGAAUGCCCGGACUACACGCAGUAUGCUCGCAGGCCGCAUGAGCCGGUGUCAAAGGGAAAGCUGAAACUUCCAUACCAGAGGCCGGCUCCCGCAUGUCGCAAGUUCAACCUCACCGAGGUCGAAACCACGAUCGAGGAUAUGAGGGAUGUCGUGAAAGAUCCAGAUUUGUUUCGGCUCUUCGAGAACUGCUUCCCAAAUACACUCGACACGGCCAUCACCUGGAAAGGAUUGGCCAGUGAUUCGAAGGAUGAGGAGCUCACCUUCAUCACCACUGGCGACAUCAAUGCCAUGUGGCUCAGAGACAGCGCAAAUCAAUUGCAAAGCUACAAAUCACUCCUCAAGCCGAAUUCGUCUCGGAGCUCGCUGGCAUCGCUAUUUCGAGGAGCAAUCAACUUGCAUGCUAGAUACGUAAAAGGAGCACCUUUCUGCAAUGCCUUUCAAGCCCCAAUCGAGUCCAACCUCACCGUCGAAAACAACCUUUCAAGUUCCGGCGACUUCAUUGACCCUUAUUUCCCAGUCAAUCUGGUGUUCGAGUGCAAAUAUGAGCUCGACUCUCUUGCGGCAUUCCUACAACUCUCUUACGACUACUUCAUCGCGACAGGUGAUAAGGCCUUCUUUGGCAAACACGACUGGGUGGCCGCCGUGGAGACAUUGCUCAACACAACGACCGACCUGCAGACUGGUACAUACGGAGCGGACGGCACGGUUAUCAAGGCUCCGUAUCGUUUCCAGCGACAGACUUCAGUUGCUUCCGAGACGUUGCCAAAUGCUGGCGAGGGGAAUCCUGUCAAGAACGGCACCGGUCUGGUGAGGAGCGCAUUCCGGCCGUCAGACGACGCAUGCAUCUAUCAGCUGUUUAUACCCGCAAACAUGCAGUUUGCUCGCUAUCUGCGAGACUGCGCUGAGAUCAUGCGGGCCUUUGACCAGCAACUCAGUCGGCGCAUGACGGGUUUCGCAGACAAUGUGCGCAGAGGCAUUGAAAAGUAUGGGAAGACAGUCCAUCCUGACUACGGCACCGUAUACGCGUACGAAGUCGAUGGGUUUGGGUCGCAUAGUAUGAUGGACGACGCCAACAUUCCCAGCCUACUCAGCGCACCCAUGCUGGGGUAUCUCGACAAGAAGGACGAGAUAUAUCAGAACACAAGGAAGUUUGUUCUGAGCCACGACAAUCCCUACUUUAUGCAUGGGCCUGUAAUGAACUCCACUGGCGGACCGCAUAUAGGACCUGGCAUGGCUUGGCCCAUGUCCCUGAUUGUGCAGAUUAUGACCACUGAUGAUGAUGCUGAGAUCAUAGAUGCCUUGGGCCAACUGGUAGCCUCGACGGAUGGGCUUGGCCUGAUGCAUGAGUCCAUCAGUUCCCAUAACCAAAAGAUCUGGACCAGGCAAUGGUUUGCGUGGACCAAUGGCCUCUUUGGCCAGAUGAUGCUAGAUCUCAAAGAGAGGAAACCCCAUCUGCUUGUCGGUGACAAAGACGUUCAAGUCUGCAUUCGACUCCGAUCUCGCCAUUUUGAGGAGUUGCAGACAUAUCGAGACACUAUGAGCUGGGCAGCAAAGGCAAAAUCCUAUGGCUACAGGCCGAGGAUAGCGCCUAUCCACUUACACGGCGGCAUGCCCCGACCCAGUCGCGUGCUCCUCAUCAUCUUGGUCUUUGUGUGUGUAAUCACAUUUCUUCCGCGUCCCGGAGGCAGUGGCUUCUUCGGCGGCCGCUUCUCUCCGGGCCGUCCCGGCGCGCAACGGGGCAGACAAGGCGACAUUUUGAGAUUCGUUGACCCUCUGAUCGGGACGACUAACGGAGGCCAUGUCUUCCCGGGUGCUACACUGCCAUAUGGCAUGGCCAAGGCCGUCGCGGACACCCACAGCCACGCAGAGAACGCUGCGGGCUUCGUCUCGGACGACAACGGGGUCAUCGGCUUCUCGCACAUGCACGACUCGGGCACGGGCGGCAACCCUUCCCUGGGCAACUUCCCGCUCUUUGUGCACCCGGGCUGCCCCAGCGACAACGUGACGCGGUGCCAGUACACGACCAUGUCGCGCCUGGUCGCGCGCGUCAACGGCUCCGCCACCGCGCGGCCGGGCUAUUUCGCCAUCGGGCUCAACAACUCGGUCGCCGCCGAGAUGACGGCCUCGGAGCACACGGCGCUCUACCGCUUCUCCUUCCCCCGCGCCAACACGGCCCUCAACGCCGACGGCGUCGAGGUCCCGCUGAGCCCCCUGGUGCUCGUCGACCUCAACGACCUCGGCUCGACGCGCAGCUGGGGCGGCAUCCAGGUCUACCCGGAGUCGGGCCGCAUCAUCGGCGACGGCCGCUUCACGCCGUCCUUUGGCGUCGGCAACUACGAGGCCUACUUUUGCGCCGACUUCCGCGGCGCCGACGUCCGCCGCCGCGGCACGUACUCGGGCACCGAGGCGACCGAGGACGAGCUCGCGCUCAACGGCGUCGGCUCCGGCUGGGGCAUCUCCGGGUCGGCGGGCGCCUGGAUCCAGUUCCAGAGGCCCGCCGACUACCUGCUGGCGCGCGUGGGCGUGUCCUUCAUGUCGACCGACCAGGCGUGCGCCAACGCGGAGCGGGAGGUGCCCGAUUUUGGGUUCGACCGGCUUGUGAAAGAGGCGGAGGAUCAGUGGAGGGAGAAGCUAUCUGUCAUCGAGGUUGAUGCCAAGGGGGUCAGUGAGGAGUUGCAGACGACGUUUUGGUCCGGCCUGUACCGUGCGCUGCUGUCGCCUCAGAACUACACGGGGGAGAACCCGCUGUGGAAGUCCGACGAGCCGUACUUUGACUCGUUCUACUGCAUCUGGGAUUCAUUCAGAGCACAGCACCCCCUGCUCACCAUCAUCGACCCUGCCGCUCAGACAGACAUGAUCCGCGCGUUGAUUGACAUUUAUCGGCAUGAAGGCAAGCUACCGGACUGCAGAAUGAGCUUCUGCAAAGGCUAUUCACAGGUAACAAUCCCCAAAACCGCCUCUUCCUCUCCCAAACCUUGUCGCAUGACCACUUACACAACUCUCCAGGGCGGAUCCAACGCCGACAUCGUCCUCGCAGACGCCUUCGUCAAGAACUUGACCGAGGGCAUCGACUGGAAGACGGCGUACGAGGCCGUCGUGUCGGACGCAGAGGUCGAGCCGGGCAACUGGGGCACCUCCGGGCGCGGCAACCUGGUCAGCUACCACAGCCUCGGCUACAUCCCCUGGGACGACGUCGACACCAACGGCACGGGCCCGCACAGCCGCACCAUCUCGCGCCUCGUCGAGUACGCCUACGACGACUUCGCCAUCAGCCUCAUGGCCGAGGGCCUGGGCCGCGCCGCCGACGCCGACAAGUACCGCGCGCGGGGCGCCAACUGGCGCAACGUCUGGAACCCGGCGCAGCGCGACGUCUACCGCGACGCCGACACGCAGGACGUCGUGGGCACCGAGUUCACGGGCUUCAUGCAGCCGCGGCUGGUCAACGGGUCCUUCCGGUACCACAACACGCGGCUGUGCUCGCCCGUCAACAACUUCCACUCGUGCUACUACGACACGAGCCACGACACGUACGAGGGCAGCCCCUGGCUCUACAGCUUCUUCGUGCCGCAGGACAUGCGCGGGCUCGUGGCGGCCAUGGGCGGGCCCGACACCUUCGUCCGGCGCCUCGACUUCUUCCACCGGUCCGGCAUCGCCUACAUGGGCAACGAGCCCACCUUCCUGCCCGUCUUCCAGUUCCACUACGGCGGCCGCCCGGGCAUGAGCAGCUACUGGGCGCACGAGUACAUCCCGAGCCUGUUCAACGCGAGCGUCAACGGCAUCCCGGGCAACGACGACUGCGCCAUGGGCGCCUUCUCGGCCAUGGCGCUCAUGGGCUUCUUCCCCGUCGCCGGGCAGGACGUGUACCUGCUGACGCCGCCCUUCUUCCGCGAGGUGAGCAUCCGGGCCAAGCUCGGCGGCGGCAGGGCCGUGAUCCGCGUGGCCAACUUUGACCCCACGUACGCGGCCAAGUACAUCCAGAGCGCGACGCUCAACGGCAAGCCCUACACCAAGAGCUGGAUCGGGCACGACUUCUUCCUGAGGGGCGGGGUGCUGGAGUUCAAGGUCGGCACCAAGGAGGGCAGCUGGGGGACGGCGGAGGAAGACUUGCCGCCUAGUUUCUAUCCGCUUCUAAGCCAGACGACAUGA